AAGAAAGAAGACAGGAUGAAUGUGACUGAGUUCGUUCUACUGGGACUGACCCAAGACCCUCAGAUAAAGAUACUUUUAUUUGUGGUCUUACUUAUCAUCUAUAUUGCCACAGUCUCUGGAAACCUGCUCAUUGUGGUUACUAUAAUCUGCAGCCAGACUUUGAACUCCCCAAUGUACUUCUUCCUGGCCUUCCUGUCUUUGAUCGAUGCAUGUUAUUCCUCUUCCAUAAGCCCUAAAAUACUAGCUGACAUGUUCACUAACUCAAAAGUUGUCUCUUUCAAUGGUUGCAUAAUACAGCUCUUCAUUGAACAUUUUCUUGGUGGUUCAGAGAUUGUCCUUCUGGUGGUCAUGGCCUAUGACCGCUAUGUGGCCAUCUGUAGACCUUUGCACUAUGUGACCAUCAUGAACCAGCGCAUAUGCCUCAUCCUGGUGGGGGUGUGUUGGAUGGUGGGUUUUCUUCACUCUUUUGGACAGGUUCUAGUGACAUUUUGGCUCCCUUUCUGUGGUCCCAAUAUUAUGGAUCACUUCAUGUGUGACAUUAUCCACUUGCUGCAACUUGCCUGUACUGAUACUUUCUUUGUUGGCCUCUUGGUUGCUGCAAAUGGUGGGGUAAUUGCUUUAGUCACCUUUCUUAUGUUAUUGGUCUCUUAUGUGGUCAUCCUAUAUUCUUUGAAAGCUCACAGCUCAGCAGGGAGAAAGAAGGCCCUCUCUACCUGCAGUUCCCACAUCACAGUUGUGGUGCUGUUCUUUGUGCCCUGUAUUUAUAUGUAUUUGCGACCAGCUACAACUUUUCCCAUAGAUAAAGCCAUGACAGUGUUCUAUACUCUUAUCACUCCCAUGUUAAAUCCAGUUAUCUACACAGUGAGGAAUGCAGAAGUUAAAAAUGCUAUUAGAAUAUUAUUAAGCAGGAAGGCAAUAUCUGCCAAUACAUAA